UCUACCCGAAAUACCCCAGAGGAUCUGUAGACUAUUCCAUUCUGGAUAAGGCUAACAAGGCGCCACUAACGCUUUAAGCUUACUCUGUUUCCAUUCGCUCUUUCUCGGUGAUGAUCAGAAGUCAAAAUCGCGCCUAUGGGAUCCGCUUUCCUCCUUAGCAUUCGUCCUUCGCCGUCGCCUUUGCUGUCUCCGUUGUUGUUGCAGCUCUCAACUGAUGCCGGGCACAGGACUGGAUUUCCGUUGUUUACGCCAAGCCGGCCACCUCGAGACAUUGGACAGAUGAGAAGACUUACAAUUGUAGCUCAAGAUAGUAUCAACAAUGUUCCAACACGAAACGGAACUGAGAUUCAUUUUCCAGUGACUGGUGGUGCAUAUGAUUUCAGAGGAGCGACAUCACUUAGUGAUGAGUUAUUGUCUUCUUCAAAAAGGGUGACUUUGCUGAGGCAUGGAUUGAGCUCUUGGAAUGAAGAAAGUAGAAUUCAGGGAAGCUCCAACUUAUCUGUAUUAACUGAAAUUGGUGCCAAGCAGGCAGAGAAAUGCCGUGAUUCGUUGGUCAACAUAAAGUUUGAUAUCUGCUUCUCUAGUCCAAUUUCACGGGCAAAGUCGACAGCCGACCUUAUUUGGCUAGGAAGAAAACAACCUCUGGUGUUUCUUGAUUCAUUAAAGGAGGCGCACCUCUUUUUUCUGGAAGGCAUGACCAAUGCGGAUGCCAAGAAAAACUUCCCAGAGCUCUACAACACAUGGAGAGAAGAUCCAUCAAAUUUUAAUGUUUAUGGUGUUUAUCCCAUUCGAAAGCUAUGGGACGCGGCAAGAGAAGCUUGGAGGGAAAUUUUGUCUAUGCCCGGUGAGAGCUUUUUGGUUGUUACUCACAAAUCCAUUCUGCGUGCUCUUAUCUGCACAGCACUUGGACUAAGUCCAGAGAGGUUUCGAGCAAUUGACAUAAAUAAUGGUGGGAUUUCUGUAUUUACAUUCAAUAAAAAGGGAGAAGCAAUGCUUCAGUCCUUAAACAUGACAGCACACAUGUACAGCAGUUACAUUUAUCAGUGAUGAAUUAGUUCAACUGUAUGUAAUCAGAUCUUCUGAGACGAUAAUUCCAAGCUGCUGCUUGGCAAUGCUUGCUUGUAAUCAUAUCAACUGUAUUUAUUUCUUUUUUUUUCUAUGGUCUGCAAUUACAUUAAAUCAAAGUUUCAUCUGUAUGGCAUUUAAUAUUGCAGUUCCAGAUUUUGCUUCCCCCGCUACUUAUGCAUGAUCUUAUUGAAAAAUUAUUCCAUACGGA